GACGGCUCUGACGUGGGCUCCCGAGGGCCUCCUUCUCGGCCGCUCUUCCCCGCUGGGUUUAGAGAGCCGAGGCCGAGCUGGCCCAUGCGCUCCAGGCGACAUCGUGGCAUCUCGGUUGGUUGAUUCCAGGCGGGGCGAGUCGGCUUUCCUCCCUUCACAUCCUACCAUUUCCUGUCUCUGUCGGGUUGUGCGGCCCUGCUUCCCGGCAGCGGGAGCGCUGUGACAGAUUCAUUGACGGCGCUGUGAAAAGGACUUGAUCAGAGCCCCGCGCCGUGGCCGUGGAUCCUGUGUUAGGCCGGCUUGUUCGGCGCCCCGCGUAGUUUCAUCAGAUUGUGAGCUCCUUGGGAGCAGAGGCCGCGUCGCUAGUUUCUUCCAGCAACGCCGCGGCUCAGCCUGCGCUGGCACGUGGUAUGCACCUUCAGCAGCCAUUUCUUUGGUCACUUAAGGCCUCCUCGCCAAAAUGCCCAAUGGAAGGAAACGUCAGGGAGGGGUGCUGUCUUACAAAUCGGAAUGCACCCCUCCUGGUGGAGUUUCAAGUAAUGGUUGGGGUCCCACUGCCCUUCUGGCCUUAAAAAUGUGACAUUCAUUCAUCCCUAGAACGAAUCUUUAAAUGAAUCGACCUCGAAGUCUACACGUAAGGGAUAUUUCUUCUGAUGAGAAAUUCUAGUAGACUCAUCAGAGUACUUUCAGUGGUGGAGUUACCGUGUGAGAGAGCAGUAUGGAUUCUUAGCUUGCAUUCUUCGGCAGACAGCGUAGCUUUGUGCAGCCUUUUACGUGACAUUGACUGUGAAGCACCAAGACGUGACAGUAUUGACCCUCUUCAUUUAUCUAAUGCUUUCUGUUUGCAGUUUCUUUGUUUUUCUCUUGGCCUAAAGGUAAGGUGUCAUUAAAGAAGCUUGAUUAAAUUCUCAUUUCAAGAAAUUGUAUACUCAUCAUAUAAAGAAAUUACAUCCAUUGCAUGGGUUCUUUUUUUUGAGUGAAUUCAAACGAUCAAGAGAUGUCUUAUUCAUCAACCUGCCUUCACCUUCUCAUUCUCUCCUCAGGUUCAGUUCACUUUUUCCCUCUGUCAUCAUUCUUCCCUCCCCAGCUAACCUAGUAAAAGUAUUCACGAUUUUAAAAGAGGAAGCCAACCAUAUUUAAAUUACCUUCUUUUUCAAUGACAUAAUUUUUGGCAUUAUUGAUAAAAUAGCAGUUCUGAAAUAUGAAGAGAGACCGUGGAAAUUUGGCAGUUGGACAAAUGAAAGUUGGUCUAUUUUAUUUGAACAAAAUUUGUUUCUUCAAAUAUUCAAUAUUGCAGUUUUCCCAAAUAAAAUUUUUUUUCUCAUCAGAGACUGACUUUUUUGAAGUUUUUACUUUUGGACUCAAUGGGGAAUCCUUAAGUUUUGUGAUGAGUGUCAUCGAUAAGAUGGUAGAGGGAAGUUUCAGACUUUCAUCUCUUUUGCACAUUCUUUUCUUGCCAAUUGGAUGGACGAUUUCCAGAAGUUUCUGGCCUAACUCAUGUGCACUAAAAUUCUGUUACAUAACUUUUUAAAAAGCAUGUUUGUAAACUCUAAACUAUUUUGAUGAUUAUUUUAUGAAACUAAAGUUUAGCAUGAAUGAGAGAUAGAACAAUGACUUUUUAAAGGCAUGAUUUUUACUACCUUAUACAAAUAUAAUAUUGGCAGCAGUCAUUGUAUAGAACUGGACAAUGGGGCGAAUCAGGAGACCUGGUUUCUUAUCCCUGCUUUGUCACUGACAAGCUGUGUGAUCUUCGGUAAGUCAUUUAAACUCUAUAUCCUUGGCUUUGAUAUUUAUAAAUGAAGGUAGACAGUCAUCUUCCUUCUAGGAUCAUUGUCAAUAUUUAAAAACAUACGAAAAUGCACUAAAAAAUUCCUCUACAUAUAGGAUUUUUUAAUAGCUCAACCAUGUGCAGUGAUAGGUAUUUUUAUAAUGUCACAUUCUUACUCAUUUCUACCAUUGUCAUAGGAAGUUACCUAUUGAUGUGAUAAAUAACUGUCUUUUGACAUGGUACAGCUUUGUGAGAUAGUCAUCUGGUGUACAUGAAGCUGCUGUUGAGUACUAAUACAAUCGUCUUUCAUUUAAUGUUCCUGCUGUUCACACUUGCUUUAGUGUAUCUGCUGAGACUGUAUUUGUCAUUUGUUUUCAUAGAUAUUUUUUCAUUUUUUUCCUCCCAAUUCAGACUUAUUAGAAAGACAUUGUAGUGUAAUGCACAUGCACAGUUUGUUCAAAUUUAACUGUCUAUGCUUAAAAAUUACUUAUUUGCACUAUAUGGCUUCACGAUAUCAGUUGCAUAGUUUAUCUGGUGCUUAAUUUUAAAAACAACAACAGUAAUCUGUUUAAAACCUGGAGAAGAACUGCAUGGACCUACUGUGAAGCAGUGUAACAUAUAAAAAACAUACCUUAAAGAGAUUUUUUUAGAGGUAGUUUUGACCACAGUUCUCAUCUUUGUUGAUUUUAAUACAAGCCUUCUGUUAACUCACAGCAGUUGCUCUUGUAAGGUCACACUUCAGCCUACGAAGAUAAUUUCUGGUAUAUGAUCUUAGCAACCAUUAUUCUGAUUUUGCAUGAAUUGUUACCAUUCUAGAAACUGUCACAUUGCCUUUUAACAUAACAGAAUUUGUACAAUAAAAUGAGCAGUACUUCCUCCACUCCUACCCACCCAAAAGAGGAAUCAUCUUGGAAAGCUAUAAACUUGAUUGAGUGAUACUGCCAUUGCUCAGAAAAUUUUGGCAUUCUAUUUUUGGACUAUUUUCAAAGUUACAGCACAUUUUAAAAAAUACCUGUACUGGCAAUUAAUAUUCAUCUUUCGAAAUUAGAUUUCAUUUCUGGAAGCUGCUAACAGUCCCUAAACUAAAACAAGUCAAUAAAAUGGGUAUUUAAACCAGUCUUUGGGAUAAAAAAAAAAAAUGGAGUAUGGUUAUUUUUAUAUUUUUAAUGUAUUUUUUGAUACUCUGUUUUAUAGAAAAUCUCCAAUAAUAUUCUGUGCCGUGGUGCAAAUAUUGGAAUAAUUAGACUCAUAAGGUGAUUUCUUUGGAGAUAACUCUCAAUAGAACAUAUAAGUCCUUAUACAUAUAUUAUGAGAAGCUUAAGUGAAAAUGGUACAUGUUAGAAGACACGAAACAAGGAAAAAUUCUAAAACUCAAGAGCGUGAGCAGAAAUCUCGAGUGGAUUGGAGGCGGACUAAAAGAAGUAGUAUCUCACAGUUACUUGAUAGUGACGAAGAGUUUGACAGUGAGGAAGAGUUUGAUAGCAACGAAGAGCUUGACAGUGAUGAAGAGCUUGACAGUAACAAGGGGUUUGAUAGUAAUAAAAAGCCGGAAAAUGAGAGAGAACUUACAUUAAUUAAAGUUGAAAGCAAAGGUAGUAACUGUGAGCAUCUCAUGAACACUGGCAACAGUUCCACAUAUGAAGAAGAAGAAAACAAAAACAAACAUAGAAGUAUUGACUUACCAGAUCAUGAAAAGCUUUUAAGUCAAGAGGAUGAUGAUCUCAAUAAACAUACAGGACAAAUAAUAGAAGAUGACAUAGAAGAAGAACACAUCAAGCGAGGGAAGAGAAAAAGGAUCUCCUCAGUUAUGUAUGACAGUGAUGAGAGUGACGACAGUGAUAUCCUCGUUAGAAAAGUAGGUGUUAAACGUCCACGUAGAGUGGUUGAAGAUGAAUGUUCUUCAGUGGAGAUGGAGCAAAAAAAACCUGAAAAAACUUUAGCUGCAAGAAAGCGAGAAAAAUUCCAGAAACUGAAAGAACUCUCAAAACAAAGAUCUCGUCAGAGACGCAAUAGUAGUAGACAUUUUGAGGACUCUGAAAAGGAAUCCUGCCCAAGGAAUGAUGAUAAUGAUGAUGAGGAGGAGGAUGAUUAUGAAUAUGAUGAAGAUGGAGAUGAUUAUAUUAUUGAUGACUUUGUAGUUCAAGAUGAGGAAGGUGAUGAAGAGAAUAAAAGACAGCAAGGAGAAAAAUUGACUACAUCACAACUGAAAUUAGUAAAACAGAAUUCUCUUUAUUCUUUUAGUGACCACUAUACUCACUUUGAAAGAGUUGUGAAGGCUCUUCUGAUCAAUGCUUUAGAUGAAUCUUUUCUGGGAACAUUGUAUGAUGGCACCAGGCAAAAAUCAUAUGCACAAGAUAUGUUGACAUCUCUUCAUUACUUGGAUAACCGCUUUGUUCAGCCUCGUCUAGAGAGUUUAGCUUCUAGAAGUCGCUGGAAAGAGCAAUACAAGGAACGGGUGGAAAAUUAUUCUAAUGUAAGUAUUCACUUGAAGAAUCCUGAAAACUGUUCCUGCCAAGCUUGUGGAUUGCAUCGCCACUGCAGAUACUCAGUGUGUUUAUCAGGAAAGUUGUAUAACACCAGGACCAUGGAAAUAGAUGAUUUCAUGUCACAUGAUAAACAGGUGUUUACUGUUGGCAGAAUUUGUGCUAAUCGCACCAGAAUUUAUCAUAAACUGAAACAUUUUAAGUUCAAGCUGUACCAGGAAUGUUGCUCCAUUGCAAAGACAGAAGAAGUUGAGGAUGAACAGGUUAAGGAAUCAGUGGAAAGAAUUUUCAAUCAGUCAAAGAAAAGUGGCUGGAUUAAGGAGAAAUAUGGUCAACUUCAAGAAUAUCUAAAUUUGGCGGAUUACUUUCAAGAUGAGAAGUUUGACUGAAUUGUAACACAUUUCCUUCAGAGAAGAUUUUAUAAAUUCCUGUAAAUGUGAAGAUCAUGAGUCUUGUAUCUCUGUAUCAUGUGACGUAUUUAUAUAUUUUAUGUGUACUUUCAUGGCAAAUAUCUUGUUUAAAACAUAUGUUCAUCUCAGUUUCCAUGAAAUGGCACUCUACAGUUAAAUAAAAGUUUUGUCUGCUGUACAUAGAAGACAUAAGCCCAAUAAUUUUUAAGUAAAGAGUAUUUUAAAGUUCUAAAACAAGGCCUUUAUAACAGAUGAUUAUCAGUAAAUGAGCUGUUCAUGUCCUGUCAGCUUAGUAGGCAAAUACUGUAUUUUAAAAAUGAGUCCAGACUAACAUCUACAUGUAUUUGUUAUUGAAUCCCUGGCCAGAUUUGUUUAUUAUCCUUUCACAGUAUUAAAUGAUCUGCACUGAUACAUUCUUUAUUACUGUCAUUACCUGUAUCAGUGGGCCAUGGAAGAAACCUCAUGUUUCAUUCAGUUCAAUCCCCUCGAGUUAGAAUCAGACUGUAAUUUACCCAUUCUAAAGAGGAGUGCUUUUCUCCGUUUCUGAAGUUUCCUUUAGAAACAGAGCUCAGGCCUCCGGAGGCUUUCCACACUCACAUUCAGGAAUAAUUUUGUGAUACGUUUUUUUAAUGCUUCAUAAUGUUCUUUUGAUUUUUUAUUCGAUUUGUGUGCAUGUUAAUGGUUAAGAUAUAUUUUAUUUAUUUUUAUUCAUAACCUUUCCCAUAUAUGUAUUUACAUUACAAUCCAAAGAUCUCAGAGAGUCAAAUUCAGCCAAAAAUAGUUUAAAAGCAUACUUUGGCAUCUGCACUGCUUUGCACAUCUAAGUUUCCCAUAAUAUAAUAAAGUAAAAUGGUGUCAUACUGACCAAA